AUGACCCCGUACCUAGAAUACUUGGAGAAGGGAAAGCUUCCCGAAGACAAGAACGAAGCAAAAAAGAUAGCGGCCCGAGCUGCCAACUAUCAAGCAAUAAGGGGAACUUUGUACAGAAGAGGGAAAUCCAGUCUGUGGCUCUGCUGUGUGAGCCCAGAGGAGGCAAUAAAGGUGAUGGAGGAAAUACAUAGAGGAAUGUGCGGAGCUCACGAAGGAGCAGGAACGCUAGCUAAUAAGAUAUUCAGGCAAGGGUACUACUGGCCCACCGUUAAGAAGGAAGCAGAAGAGUUUGUCCGAAGAUGUUUGGAGUACCGAGGGUGCUCAUCUCAGAUAACGGCAGACAAUUCGACUGCAGUACCUUCAGAGCGUUCACAGCAAACAUGGGCAUAUGGCACAAAUUCUCCUCAGUAG